UUGUUGACAUUGAAAAUGGAGGCAGUCCCGCGACUGCCUAUGUUAAGCUUCGAGCUUAAACAAAGUGCAGAAAACGCAGAAUUUGGACCUAAAUUGAAGCAGUACAUUCGUGAUCAUUAUCAUGAAGACCCAGACAGUUAUAGUGCCGAGAUCCAUGAGCUGGAGGGCCUGCGAGCCAGUGCCAUCCAUGCUUCAAGGGACUUCACAGGGUGCUCCACCCUCAAGAAAUACUACUGCCAGCUGCACUAUCUUCUCUCCAGAUUCCCACUUAAUGAGAACUCGAGCAUUGCUGUAACAUUUAAUUGGUAUGACAUUUAUUCUAGCAUGGUGUAUAAUGUCACAGACAUUAAGUAUGAAAUGGCCUGCAUCCUUUAUAAUAUUGGGGCUCUGCAUACUGAACUAGGGGCCAUGGAUGCCAGAAAUACACCAGAUGGGAUGAAGAUAAGUUGUACACAUUUCCAGUGCGCAGCUUGGGCAUUUCAGCAUCUGCGAGACACGUAUCCGCAACCACGGGAGUCAGACCUAAGUCCAACGUUGUUGACCUUUUUGUACAAUGUUUCACUAGCUCAAGCUCAGGAAUGUAUUCUUGAAAAGAGCAUGACAGACAACCGCAAGCCAACAAUUAUUGCAAAAGUUGCAAUGCAAGUUGUGGAAUACCUGAAAACUGCAAUGAACAACCUUGGUUCCUCAAAGUCUCCAGAUUCAACAGUGACAGAAAUAGCAGGAUCUCGAAAGAUAAAGAUGUGGAGAAGAUACUGUGAAUUUAAGAUGGCAUACCAUGGAGCAGUUGCCCUUCUAUACCAAGGAAUGCAAGCUGAGGAACAACAGAAAAUGGGAGAGAGGGUUGCCUACUACCAAGCAGCAGUUGACAUGCUGAAGGAGGCCUCCAAACUGGCCAAGAACUUAGAUCAGCAGGAGCUUAUAGGAGAAAGUCUUACCUUCUCCCAUGAUGUGAUGGGAGGAAAGCUAACUGCAGCCCAGAAGGAGAAUGAAUUUGUGUACCAUGAAAAGGUUCCUGCUGCCACAACGCUGCCUGAAGUCAAGGGUGCAUCGCUAGUCAAGGGAAUCCCUUUUAGUGUGACAGACCCUGAAGUUGCUGGCCAAGACAUCUUCAUCAAGCUUGUGCCCAUGGAAGCUCAUCAGGCUUCUUCUAUGUACAGUUGUUAUCUUUAG